CCAACCCAACCCAAAAUUCUUCAUUCCAUUUCUUCAAAUUCAGGUUCCGCAGUCAUUCCUAAACCUAAUUCUUGGCAACCUCCGACUUCUGGCAUUCAAUCCAACUUGCAGUCCCAAUGCCCCUUGGGCUGAAAACCCAAACCCUGGCUGGGGUACAAUGCAAACAAAUCCUAACACAGACUGGGGGACUCAAAGACCAAGUAUGAACUUGAAUUGGGUGCCUGUUCAAGUGCAGCCUACCGGAAAUGCAACUUCUGAUUGAGCAGUUCCUGCUGGAAAUUCUGAAGCUACAGUUCAAGGGCCCGCGUCUGAAAAUUUACAUCCUGGUUGGGUUGCAACUCCAAGUUGGGGUGAUCCAAAUGGCAAUACAGGAACAACAACUCAACUUCAAGGGCCAGUACCUGGUUAGAGUUGCUGGUGAACAGUGGUUCUUCUGGUUUCUUGAAUUUUUUUUUGGAGAGAAGAUGACUGAAUUCAAUGGAGAGAUUGAAAGCAAACGGGUGAAGAAUAAUGGGUUUAGAUUGAUAAAAGAGCCCUUGAUGUUCCUUGCUGUUUUCCCCAUGAAAGUUGCUCGAAUUUCACUAUUUUCUGCUGCUGUAAAUGCUUCUAAUUACUGGGAUUUCUAUGAAUCUAUCUGAAUAAUUUCUUGGUUAAUGAAUGAACAAGGGAUUCAAUCAAGAAGCAGACAAAGGGAUUAAAUCAAGAAAUGGAAUGAAGAAUUUGGGUCGGGUCGGGUCGGGUUGGGAUGAAGAGGAAAUGGUGGCUAAUAGCCACCCACCCACUUUUCCACAUAGGCCUUUGACCAAAAUUUUUGUAAUAAAAAAGAAAAAAGAAAAAGUAAUCUAAACAAAAUUGUUAUGGUUGAAAAUACUCCCCUCAUUUGCAAAUCAAGAGGAGAAAUAGAGAGAAAAAAGAGGAGGGAAAAAAAAAGUAGUUCGGAUCCGCCACCUACCGACGACCUGGACCUGACCCACUUCGACCUCUUUGGACACACCUCGAUCAACUGGAGAAUGUCAUUUUCUGGAAGGAUGGAAUAUCAUAUGGACAAUGAUUUGAGAGCUCAUUUGGGAAAAGUUACGACGUAUUGUAUCUUUUCCAGUUAUACGACAGUGAUUGAGGGGUUGGAUGAGGAGCACAUCGACAUACUCCAUCGGUC